CUGCGGUCUGCCAUUUACAAAAACGAGUCAGGUGUGCGUAAACACAACCUCGUACGGGAUUUGCGCAGCGAAACACGGAAGGGGUACGUAUUUUUUCUGUGGGAGAAAUGUCCGAGGGGAUGGGCCAGAUCCUGUGGAAACGCUGCCUCCGUGUAGCUGCUGGGGUUCGGGAGUUGUCCGGCUGAUGGCACACACAAGCUACCGACCAGCAGCGUGAGGCUCGAAGGGCUCGUCUUGUUCGUCAAACCCGAGGCACCGCUACCUCUCUGUGGAUAGAAAUAAUCAUGCCGAGCUCCGACGGAGGGACGUGAAAAGGAGCCACGCUCAGUGAACUGCUACAGCCGACGACGUGUUGCGGUGAAGCGGGGAAGAAGCAGCGAGUCUCCAGCGGUUUGAAAACGACCGUUUGAUUAAUAACGGCUCUUUGACGGCAUGUAUCGGCUCUGCCCGGUACAUUACCGAGGAAGCUCCGGGUCUCUGAUGUCCCCGGACCCAUUCAUCCGCCCGUUGUAAUGACGUCUUUACGGGCAUUAUAAUUAUAUCAGCGAGACAUUUGUGAAUUCAACCCCCCGGAGCCGGUGUCGGGGAGAGCGGGGCUGAGGCGGGUCGGCAGACGGAGGGAUAUGGGAGAGCGAGCGGAACCGAUGCAGUGGGUCUUGGCAAGGCAUCGUCAAAAUACAGGGCAGUGAUGCCUGGCAUGGUGAUGUUUCGGCGGCGCUGGUCAGUUGGCAGUGAUGACCUGGUGCUGCCCGCCCUCUUCCUCUUUCUAUUGCACUGCAUCUGGUUGGUGGUUCUGUCCGUGGUUCUGUUCGGCCUCCCGUAUGGCUCUGACCAGUCCUGUUCUGUAACGCUGGUGGACCAUGGCCGAGGCUACCUGGGCAUCCUGGUCAGCUGCCUUAUCUGUGAGAGCGCCAUCAUGUGGUUGAGCAUGAGAGGCAGCAUUCUGUACACGCAGCCCAGGGAUGCUGUGCAGUAUGUCAUCUAUAUACGGCUAGCUAUUCUGUUGGUCGAGCUAGUGUAUGCUGUGGUGGGAAUCGCCUGGCUUGUCCAGUAUUAUCAGCCAUGCUCUGAUGUCACUGCCAAAAACCUGGCUUUGGGAAUUGUUGCAUGCAACUGGCUGGUGAUAUUCAGCGUUUGCAUUACCCUCAUGUGCACCUUUGAUCCUACGGGUCGGACGUUUGUCAAACUGAAAGCCACCCGUCGGCGUCAGCGCAAUCUCACUACAUAUACACUCAGACACAGGCUAGAGGAAGGCCAAGCCAGUAGCUGGAGCAGGAGACUCAAAUUCUUUAUGUGCUGCACAAGAGCCCAGGAUACACAAUCAGAUGCGUAUUCAGAAGUGGCCAGCCUUUUUGCAGAGUUCUUCAGAGACCUGGACAUUGUGCCUAGUGAUAUUAUUGCUGGCCUGGUACUUCUCCGCCAGAGGCAGAGGUCUAAGAGAUCUGCUAUCCUGGACCAGGCCAACAAUGACAUUUUAGCCUUCUUAUCUGGAAUGCCUGUCACUCGAAAUACUCGAUACCUGGACCUUAAGAACUCGACCGAGAUGAACAUGUACAAGGAUGUGUGUUAUUACAUGCUCUUUGCCCUGGCUGCAUACGGUUGGCCCAUGUACCUAAUGAGGAAGCCUGCCUGUGGGCUGUGCCGCCUCGCCAGCUCCUGCCCCUGUACCUCAAUGUCUGGCUCUCGGUUGUCUCAGUCCGUGACAGUGGAGGAGGACAAUUGUUGCGGCUGUAAUGUCCUGGCUAUACGGAGACACUUCCUGGACAGGGACCUCAAGCAGGUUCACAUUGUCUACACUUCCUGCCACGAUGCUGUUUAUGAGACUCCAUUUUUUGUGGCAGUGGAUCAUGAGAAAAAGAAGGUUGUCAUCAGUAUCAGAGGAACCCUAUCACCAAAGGACGCCUUGACUGAUCUGACGGGGGACUCUGAACGUUUGCCUGUAGAGGAGCAGCACGGGACCUGGCUUGGCCACAAGGGGAUGGUUUACUCAGCAGAAUACAUCAAGAAGAAACUGGAGCAGGAAAUGAUCUUGUCACAAGCCUUUGGAAGAGACUUGAACAAGGGCACCAUGCACUAUGGGCUGGUGAUAGUCGGGCAUUCUCUUGGUGCAGGCACCGCUGCUAUCCUCUCCUUCCUGCUGAGACCUCAGUACCCAACUCUUCACUGCUACUCUUACUCUCCACCUGGUGGCCUUUUUAGUGAGGAUGCCAUGGAGUACUCCAAAGAGUUUGUCACAUCUGUGGUAUUAGGAAAAGACCUGGUACCAAGGCUUGGCCUGUCACAACUGGAGGGUUUCCGACGCCACCUUCUGGAAGUCUUGCAGAAAAGUAACAAGCCAAAGUGGAGGAUCAUUGCGGGAGGCACCAAAUGCAUCCCGAAAUCAGAGCUUCCAGUGGAGGAUGAAGAUCCUCAGUCUCAGCCAGCAGCGCCCCCCAGCAGUCGCCUGUGGCUCCACCCCAGUGACCUCAGCAUUGCCCUUUCAGCCUCCACCCCCCUCUACCCUCCUGGCAGGAUCAUCCAUGUGGUGCACAACCAUCCUCCAGAGACAUGCUGUGGGCAGGAGGAGCCAACCUACUCAGCUCUGUGGGGGGACAACAAGGCCUUCGAUGAGGUCAUCAUAUCACCCGCUAUGCUUAAUGAGCACAUGCCCCACAUGGUGAUGGAGGGCCUAAACAAGGUGCUGGAAAACUACAACAAAGGGAAAACUGCUUUGCUAUCAGCAGCCAAGAUCAUGGUGAGCCCCACAGAAGUGGACUUGAACCCAGAGAGCAUGUUCGUGGAUACAACAACAACUUCUCAGCAGCCGACGCCUACAACCCACCACCGCAGGAACAGUAGUGUUCGACAAAAACCAUUGUCACGUUCGUGUGCCCAGUCUGAAAUAUCUCUGGAUGGUUUCUCUGAGUGCCCUCCUCCCCCAGUGCCUGUAGUUCUGCGUGGAGCACGGGAACGCCUGGCAGUGGAGCUGAGGGACCGCAAAGCACCUCUGGCCGUCAUGGAGAGUCUCUCAGAUGCCGAAUCCCUCUACAGCCUGGAUUCCCGACGCUCCUCGGCUGCACUAAGGGGCUCACCAAUGCUGAGUAGCCUACCAUUCCCUUUGGAUGCCCCGAUCCCCGAGGAGAACCCGUCUCUCAGCUCUCGCACUGAACUACUGGCUGCUGACUGCCUCUGCCAGGACACCCCAGAGCACCUAGGAGAAGUUGGGCCCUUCUUUACCCCACUGGAAUCCAGAUCCACGCCGGAUUACCCCAUGCGGCUGUCACCGGCAACACCUCGCUACAGUGGACACCAUUCCCCAGCUCUGAUAAACCAGAGCAUCUUGGCUCAGCCUUUUAAGUCAGAGCCGAACACCAACCGAAGAAUGCUUCCGGAUGGGGAUCACCAACAGAUGCCUGGUGUCUACAGCCCAGGGAGCACGCCGAACGCUCCUCUCAGCCCACAGAUUGGUUCUAGGCAGAUGGAUAGAGAAAGUGAAGAUUGGGAGCUAGACACAGCAGAGAAACAAUUCAGUGCAGAAACCAGACCAGCAGCUUCUACUCCUCCGCCCCAGCUAUCCAACGGAAACCCCAGCCAGGCAGUGCUGGAGUUCGCCCAGUACUUAGACUCUCUAUUCAGACUGGACGGCAGCAGCUCACCACCUCUGGAGCUGUCUGACGGGGAGUCAGAGUCAGGCCGGGGCUCCUUCGGGCAGGGUGAGUGUCUUGGAGAUGGACAGCCGCUGGAUGACAAACAACUUCUGGCCAGAGCAACACUGGAGCCUAACCUUGUCCCCAAGCCCCCACGCACUUUUGCUGGAUCUGCUGACCCCUCCUCGGGCAUCUCUUUGUCCCCCUCCUUCCCUCUCUCGUCGUCUGAGGAGCUUAACGACCUCUCCCCCGGCGAGGGCGCCCUGCCAGCCAUGCACUCCCUACGAACAUCUAGCCCUAUCCACUGUCCCGAAGAGAACACACUAUCAUCUAUGGUGUAGUGUGCUCCCAAAACUCCCAAUUCCCUUUGCUCUAAUCAAGAGGUGCAGUCAUCCAAAAUGUAAAACAUAUCACAGUACAUGCAUGCGAUGGAAUGCAGUCACUCAUCAGAGAUCCACUGACAGUACUUGACUGACCAACUCACAAACUUUCCAUUUUUCAGGUUGCCCCCCUCCCCUCCUGUGAACGCUGUUUAUAGCAUUCUCACACUAUUGCAAUGACUAAGAAAAAAAAGAUACCUCUCUCUGCAUGCCAGGGGGCUGUACUGCUUUUUGGGUGAAUAUAAAUAACUGUAGCUUCACAAUGCCAUUCCAAAACAAUGCCGUCUCACCCACAUAGGGACACGUCAGUCAGCAUUACAUCAAUUCCCCGACUUCACAAAAUCAAAGGGAGAAUACUUAACUGAGCAGGGAUUCAAAAACUAACACUGUAGAAGAGGUUAGCAUAGGCACAUCAUCUGGGUUGAUGUACUGUACAACUUCCUGCACCCCUCAGCAGCUCCAGAAAAAAAAUUUUGUCCAGCUUUUAUUUUAUUUUUUCAAAUCAGGAAUGUGAAGAUGGACGUAUUCGUCAAUCAACAGAAGCGGGAAGACCAUUAUGAAAUGUUCCUCAGGUCUAUAAAGAAUUGACUUUGAGAAAGAGAGUAAGUGUGUUACAUUGGUGAGAAUUCAUGUGUCUUAAAAAUUUAGUGAUUGUGACAAAGUUAUUACAGACGCCUAUGGAUGUUUUUGAGUCUUUUGGUUACUCUUUAUAGUGCAUGAUGUUUCUUUUUUUUUUUUUUUUUUAAAGAGAAAUUGUCAAUAAGCCACUUAGAUUGACAUUUGGAUACUCUUGCACACAUCAUAUUGCUCAAGUCACCCCCCCCCCCCCCCCCUUUGCCAAAAAAUUUAAUACACUGUAUUGCCAAAUGUAUUUAUGAGAUGUAGUUUUGUAUAUGUAUAUGGAUAUUGCUUUAUUUAAACACAAGCUAAGUUCAUUAUCCCAUUCUGUUGGUUCCCAUGUAGACUGUUACACAGCAACACCACGGAAAAAGAUGCCAUCCUGACCUUAAAACACUGCAAUGGCUUUCACGUCGAAAACCUCUGUACUUUGGGUUUGAACCAAUAAUGAACUUGCUAUUAGUCGUCUUAGUCUCAUAACUACUGUACCUUUCUCUUUGGAGAGCUCUUAGCAAUGUGCCCGGGUCAGGGUCUGCAUGCUUUAUGCAUUUCAGAGUAGCAUGGCUGGUAUAGAACAAGUCUUGUCAUUAAGUCACAGUAAAUAAGCUCGAAACAUGUCCAGGAAUUAUAAUAUAUGUGAAGUCAAACAUAGCAGAGGCGUAUAAAAUGCCCAGGUUCAGCAGACAGGACCAAACUGUGUAUGCUAAACGUGUCCCAGGAUAUCAUCUCUCUUGUCCUCAAGGUCUUCUCAGUCAUCUUGGACGUCAAGGUGUUUGCUUCCCUUUAAUGUGGUUCAUCUCAAACAGCCUUGAGGUUGGACUGGAUGAAUGGGCCUCGAGCAUCACGUAUGCCGCCUCUAAAUAACUGUAUGCGGCAUACAAUCUUCCAUAUCACUCUGGGUGUAACAGGUGGCUCACAAUUUGCAUUAUUUAUUACUGUUAAUGUUGUUAUCACUUUUAUUGCUAUAUUUGAUGGUAUUAUUAUCCUUAUUGCUCUUGCAACAGAUUGGUUUGAUGUCAGUGGUUUUUAUCUCAGUUUUUUGGGGACAGUGUGGGGAACUUUUUAGACUUUCCCGAAUGUGAGGAGUUAUAUAUUUCAGCUUUUUUUCUGUCCGAGUGGAAAAAGUAUUUAACAUUCUGCAAUGGCAUGGUGACAAUAUGCUCUUUUUACAAAUGUUUCAUAGUGGUGAGACGCUGCGGAGUGACAGCCUGCUCACAGUGACCUUUGGUGCAGCGCCACUGUCAAAGCCUGGAGUCACCAUAGUGAUCUGCACAGUCUCUCUGUUUAGAUUUGCUGUGGUUACUCAUGGCAGACCGUUCCAGCCAGUUUACAGUCCGACACGACUCAAGCCAUGCUGCCAGUCCCAGUAGACUCUCACAAGAUACACUAAGGUUGGGCCAGCGAUUUCCUACGUUCAGUAGUUCUGCUUGCAGCCGGUCAUAACUCUAAAACACAGCUGAAAGGAAGCACUAUGAUACUUUCCACCAUGAUGUGUACAGCACCAUGUUUUAUGUGUAAUUAUUUAUGCAGAUGUCUAAAGAAAAAAAAGAAUUCCAAUAGAGUCAUGUAGAAAACAGCUAUAUAACAAUAAGGAGAUAAUAUUAAAAGAUAUCAGUAUUGACAUUAAAGAAAAAAUAUUUCGUCUGAAAGUUAUUUAUUCAAACUAUUGGCAGAUUUACAAAUUGGUCUAUAUUGAAAGAAUAAUUCAACUAUGUCUUGUCCAUGUUUACCUGGUUUGCUUCCCCUCCUUUCCUGCCCCACAAUGAGAAUGUAUUUAAUCCCUCCCCCUCACUGCCCUGCCUGUAAUGGAAUAAACUACAAACCAUGAAAAUAA